AAACACUCUCCCCUCCUCCCUCCCCUCCUCUCUCCCGGGGAGGAGGAGGAGAGUCUGAGCAGAGCAGAGGUGGGAAGGGUCUCCUGACUGAUCCUUUGACUUUGGGUUUACUCUGCUCUUUUAUACAGACAGACGCAGACAGACGGAGGACUUCAGCUUCAACAACUACAGGCACACGCCGACAGACUCAAGGCUCAACUAUGUGAAUGAGACAGAAAACGAAGGCAACAAAGCACGUAGGGCCCAGCUGAAUUCCGCAUCUGCAGACUGAAUCAGAGAACAGAGGUCGGACUGAUGAACAGCAUGCUUCCCCAAAGAAGUGCUGUUGCCACGCUGGGCUAUGGCUCAGACUGUGUCAAGAUUGAGCACAGCAGCAGCGGCUCAGUGGGUGGGACAUUGCUCCGGGGCUCCCGCUCUAAGGCAGAGCUACAGGAGCUGAUGGAGACACUGCAGCGCAGGAAGAGUGCUCUGGAGGCUAGUCUGAGGGCAGCUGAGUGCAGCCGCAAAUAUCUAAGCGUGCCUUCACCUGUUGGACCCCAGUCCACCAGGCCACUGUCAAUCCUCAGCAAUACAGAUCGCCCUCCAUCUGCUUCGAGAAACUUUUCUUACAUGAGCAGCAGCAGCGUGCCCCCAUCACCUCGCCAGGGCGAACGCCAGCUGAGCACUAAUGGCUUGCUCCGUCAUUCCCACUCUCGCCACCAGUCACAAGACAGCCUGCUCCUCUCUAGCGCAGCAGACGGAAGCUCUCUGCUCUCCUCGUAUGGGGAGCCUCUACCUCGUUCUCCCAGGGUGAAAAGCGGAGCAGCCAGUGUGCCCUCCAGCCCUCGCAUGGGCCGUAGACUCUACUCUCAGGGCAAAGCAGGAGGUGACUCCAGACAGAGGAAAUACUCCACUGGUUCCCUCACCAGCCUGGGCAUGCACAGCCGUUCUCUGCCACGGCUUCACAAUGCAGCAGAUCCCCCCGCUCUAUCGCUACCAUCAUGCCACUCUGUUGGUCACCACAGAGGGGUGGGCUCAACAGGGCAGCGGCGCAGUCUCUCCUCCCUCGAGCAGCCACCAGAUGUGACAGUUCCAGCCAGCAUGCCCAGCACUCCCAGGAGGGCCAGCCUGGCUUCUCUGAGCUCUCUGGGUUUAGACAUGGACGGGACAGGCUUAGAUCUGGGCUUCGGAGAGAGGAGGUUGUCUUUUGGGAAGGGCGGGCUGAGCCCAGGACAGAGGGUGGGCAGCAUCACCUCUUUGAAUGGCAAAGAGGAGCUGAGAGACUACCACCUGCACCAGAGAGACGAGAGACUCAGGGAGCAGAAAGUGCAGAGAUUGGAGUGCCAGCGUCUAGAGACCAUCUUGAACCUGUGCACUGAGCUGGGCCAGGUGGAGAGAGAACCAGCAGGCUCAGCUGUUUCAGACCUGCAGAAGAUCAAUAAGGAGUUGGAGAAGCUGCAGGUGUCAGAUGAUGAGUCAGUGUUCUCUGACUCUCCCAACAGCAACGCUCCAGAGAGUAGCUUCGGGGCCAAAGCCAGAGAUUUGCAGCUCGUGGAGGAGCAGCAGGUCAGCCAACGUCAGCAGAGCAACUACAGAGAGCCCAGGUCCCACUCGCCUGCUAUCAGCCUGAACAGCAGUGCCCCCUCACCCUCUACCCACCACAGAGCUAAAGCUUUGGAGAGUGUGCAGUUGAAGCAGGAAGUAUCGCAUAUAGAGGAGGAGAGGAUUCAAGUUCUGAACAACAUUGAGGAGCUGGAGCAGAAGAUCAAAGACCUGGACAACCAGAUGGAGGAGUCUGUCCGAGAGAUGGAGGUGGAGUGUGCUCUGCUGGAAGGGGAACAGGAGUCAGAGAUGACCCAGCUGCAAAGGGAAAAGGAGCUUCUGGACCAACUAAAGGAAAAGCUACGUGGUAUCGAGAAGACGAGCAACACUGAGAAGUCGCAGGAAGGUGAGCAGCAGACAAAAAGUUUGGAGGAUUUGGAGUUUCAGAAGCUGGAGAGGGAGAUUCAUCAGGACGAGGAAAAAGAAAAUCAGAGCCAAGAACUGCUGCGAGAGAUCGCUGAGUGUCAGCGUCUUACUGUCACACACAAGGAAAGACUGAUGACGCUGAAGAAACAGUCCUCACAGAUUACCUUACAGUCUCAGCAAGAAAGAGAGAAUUUCCAGAGAGAGAAAAACAAUUUGCUUGUAAUGCUUCAGAAGGAGAGAGAGAAACUGGCGUCUUUGGAAGGAAAGUAUGCAGAAUUGUCUGAGGGGCAAACCUUCACUAACAACCCUGCAGCCAUCAAAGAGCACUUGCACGCUCUGAAGGAAAGGAGAAGAAGCAGCAAAGAAAACUCCCCCCUAAGUGACAGCCUACCUCAAAAGAGGAGCCAGCAGCUCCUCACUUCCUAUGGCAGAUCCCUGGGACGAACUCUUCCACCCAAGUCCCAUUUGCCUCUGUCCCAAAGCUCCAGCUGUGGCAGCGUCAUCCCACAAGGCUUCAGCUUCUCCCCCCGAGACCUGAACACUCGCCGCCUGCCCAAGACAGGCAACAGCCACGCACACAUGAACGAAGAGAGACAGAGAAGAAGCGACUUUUGCAGCAGGAUGGUCUCUGAGCCCAACGUGUUCCUGGACUCUUUCACUUAUCCGGACAACAGCCAGGCCUCAGACACCGUCAGUGUGGACAGCUCUGACAGCCUGGAGACCAGCUUCUCCGCCUGCUCCCCAGACAACAUUUCCAGUGCCAGUACGUCCAAUAUGGCGAAGCUCGAGGAGAUGGAGCGUUUACUCAGAGAGGCCCAGGUUGAGAAGCAGAGACUCCUCGAGUAUCGGGAGCGUGAGAUGGAGAUGCGCAGGCAGGCUCUGGAGGAGGAGCGAAGAAGAAGGGAGGAGCUGGAGAAACGACUGCAGGAGGAGACAAGCAGGAGACAGAAACUUGUAGAGAGAGAGGUGAAGCUCAGGGAGAAACAAAGAUCACAGUCCCGGCUGUUGACACGCUACCUCCCUGUAAGGAAAGAUGAUUUUGAUCUUCAUGGCCAUAUUGAGGCAGCAGGACACAACCCAGAUGCCUGCUUCCAUCUGGCCAUCACUGAUAAAACCUGUCGAGGCUUUCUGGUCAAAAUGGGCGGCAAGAUCAAGACAUGGAAGAAACGCUGGUUUGUCUUCGACCAGAAUCGCAGGACGCUCACCUACUACGCAGACAAACAUGAGACCAAGAUGAAAGGAGUCAUUUAUUUCCAAGCCAUAGAGGAGGUGUACUAUGACCAUUUAAAGAAUGCACACAAAAGCCCCAACCCUUCGCUGACCUUCAGUGUGAAGACCCACGAUCGGGUGUACUACAUGGUGGCUCCGACGCCUGAGGCCAUGCGUAUCUGGAUGGAUGUUAUUGUUACGGGCGCUGAGGGACACAUGCAUUUCAUGGUGUAACUGAUCCCAAGAGAUCGGGGUUCACGCCACUAAAUUGUUUUUUGUGUCACACGAGAAGAUUUACAGCACCCAGUUCGUACCAGUGUGACGGCAAACAUGUGUUGCAUAGAGCGGAGACGGACAUUCAUCAGGUCAACAGGAAAUUAACCUCUGUUUACACUUAUAGUAUGAUGUAUGUAGUCCAGAAGGACAACUGAUACUCAAAAGCACACUUUAUAAUGUAAUCAAGUAUAAAAGAUCCAAAGAAUUGAUAUAUCAGUUUCAUAAUUAAGCUAUUUAGUUAUUGUUUUAUUUGUUUAUGUACCAUGAGUGGCUGAAACUUCACUAAAUCUACGUAGCAACAAUUAAAUUGUUCAAUUUUCCAACUUUCAUUCUUGUUACAUCACACCAGAUUGUCUAAUACUUUUUCUGUUAUGUUUGGCUUCUAUUCAGUCAAAGCUUGAUCAGGAGAGCUUCUUGAUCAUUCAGCAACUGAACAUCUGCUACACUUUUAAACUGCGAUACACACUGAUGCUGCUUCUCUAUAACAGAUGCAUACUGUAGCUGUCUAACAGCUUUGUAUAAACAUUAGCCUUCUGUAAUGUGCUUAUUGCACAUGCUCAAACCAAAGUUGAAGUUAUAUUUCUAUCUCCAUCUUUUUCUUUGCCUUCUUCUUCCCUCCUCUUUACAUCCUGUUGGACUCCACAUUUUCAAAGUGUCUUUAUCUGAGUUUAUUUCCUUUUAAACGUCAGGUCGUAUUAGUGGAUCACAGCGUCCUGGUGAUCUCUGAUCGGAUAAGAUUACCCACAUAUUUGUGUUUGCAAGAAUGUACGUUUUUAUAUUAACUAAGUUUUAUCAUUUCCAUAUUGUCACUACUAUUGUGAGUAUUAUUUUACGUUUUAAAUUCCAGCAUUUUGAUUGCUGCUGUCAGACUACCAGUAUAAGCUGGUCAUGUCUGCUUAUUUAAAGCAAGGCUGAAUGUCCACCAUCUGUAUUCCUUUGCAUCAAUUCUAGGUUGUGAGUCUUAAUUUGGACUUUUCUAAAAAUAUGCAAUUUGUCAGGAAGGAGAGAUGAUUAUAGGCACUUUUUACAUUUUAUCAUCAUGAAUUCUUAGUAAUGGUUGAAAAUACUCUACUAAUCGAAGUAGAAAAUUUGUCUAAAUCACAAUGGUACUGUGUUUCAUGCUAACCACUGUGCAGCUCCCCAUAUCUAUAGUAGAGGCUGCAGGCACUAUAUGAUGAGGCCAUGUUGUGCAGCAGGGAUCCUGGAUGUCUUGCAUCACCUGCAUGUUCAUCACACUAAAGCGUUUCAUUCUGGUUUUUCACCAGCAGAGGCCCUCAGUGCAAGAGUUAUUGCACUGAAAUGACGUAAUGCUCUGGCUGGUUGAUCCAUACUCACUUAGUAAAUAAGCAGAAUGGAGCCUCCAUUAUCCAUGUUUUGUAAUGCUUAUCAUCAAAUACGUACAUUUAUAAGCACAAAUAUAUAAUUUGCCUAUUGGAAGAAAAACAAAUUGUGUUUCAGGACAUUGCACACAAAAUGAUUUGAUCAUUUUGGUUUAAAUGUGUUAGAAGAAGCCAUAUAUUUGAUCUGUAUAUUCUUUGCCAGUUUAUAACAGUCUGACUGUGUUUGAUGAUGAAACAUCAAGUGACCAGCUGUUGGUUCACAGACUGCAGGGCUCGCUGUUGGUCUUGUGUUGGUUCAGUGUUGAGCUGACAGUGUUACAGAUGACUUUUUACCUCUGCUGGAUGGUUCUCAGUAAACGCAGGUAUCUGUCAGGGUAACAUCUCAUCCGCAAACUGUCAGCCACUGUACGAGACACAAGCCUUGAAACAAAACAAAUUACCACAUUUAUAUAUAUUUUAAUACAUCUAAUAUUCUAUAUUUUGUGUAUGAACAAUGGUCAUUUUAGUGGACACUAUGCUACAGGUUUUUAUAAUUGACACGUGUCAUGUUUCAACAUGAAUAAUAAUAAAUAAUUUUGAUUAUGAAUCAUAAA